AUGGCGACGACGCACGACAGGAAUGGGCUCGUGGGGGAUCCUGAAAAAGGGGAGCAUGUAACGAGGUCGCAGACCGGUGUGACAAUAUCCCCCGAGCUUUUCGAAAAGCUGUACUUCUCGCCCAAAACUCCCCAUGUCGGCGACUACAACAAGAGAUUUGCCAACCCCACCGCUUUGGGAUUUGUAGGCUUUGGGAUAUCCGCGUCCACGUUCGGCAUGGUGCUGAUGGGCUGGGGAGGAGCGUCCGGACUGUCGCCCGUCGCCGGGAUAUUCUUCUUCACCGGCCCCGUCCUCCUGACCUUCGCCAUGAUCUUCGAGUGGGUCAUGGGCAACUUCUUCCCCAUGAUGGUCAUGGGCCUCUUCGACGUCUUCUGGCUCUCCUUCGGCGUCCUCCAGCUGCCAACCCUCCAGCUCGGCGCCCCCUACGCCACCGACGCCGACCCGACGGGAGCCACCGCCCCGGCCUUCAACGCGGCAAUCGCGCUGUACCUGAUCGUGUGGGGCUUUGCGCUCCUCACCUUCUUCUUCUUCACACUCAAGAUCAAUCUCGUGUUCGCCAGCAUCUUUGGGCUGGUCACGGUCGCGUCUUUUGUCCUGUCUGGCGCGUACUGGAAGGUCAGCCAGGGCGAAUUCGAUGAUGCCCUGAAACUGCAGAAGGCUGGCGGUGCGUUGAUAUUUGUGGUAGCUCUGCUCGGCUGGUACGCCUGUUUCAUCAUCAUGGCCGCUGAGAUGAGGGUGCCGAUUAGUCUGCCAAUGUUCGACCUCAGCCGCUUCUGGCCACGCACCGACGUCGAGCUCACCGCUGCUGGCCGAGAUCAUCACGAUUAA